UUUUCAUGAUCAAGAUAAAGCCUAAUACCCUUUCCAUACAUCUCCCUUCUCAUCAUACUCUAUAUAUUCCCUUACACUCAUCCCCUUCAGUUAGACUCUUGUCUCCUAUCAAAACACAAUUGAUCCUCCAACCAUCUUCUGAAAAAAAAGAAGAUUUCAGAAAACCCUUUUUCCCAAUUGGAAACUUCAAAAGAAAAAAAAUUGAUCUCCAAAUUUUCUCACAUGGGAAGACCACCUUGUUGUGAAAAAAUUGGUGUGAAAAAAGGGCCAUGGACUCCUGAAGAAGACAUCAACCUUGUUUCUUACAUUCAAGAACAUGGCCCUGGAAACUGGAGAGCUGUUCCUUCUAACACAGGGUUGCUCCGGUGCAGCAAGAGCUGCCGUCUCCGGUGGACUAACUAUCUCCGGCCGGGAAUCAAGCGCGGUAAUUUCAACGAGCACGAAGAGAAAAUGAUCAUCCACCUCCAAGCCCUUCUCGGCAACCGAUGGGCGGCUAUAGCCUCUUAUCUACCACAGAGAACCGACAACGACAUCAAAAACUACUGGAACACGCAUCUCAGGAAGAAGCUCGGAAUCCAAGGGCACGAUCACGAGAGUAAAGAAAAUGGCGGCGCCGCCGCCGUUUCAAAGGGAAAGUGGGAGUGGAGGCUCCAAACAGAUAUUCACAUGGCCAAACAGGCCUUAUGUGAGGCUCUCUCUCUACACAAAUCCGACACUACCUCUCUCUUCCCGGCGCCGGCGCCGGCGCCGUCUACCUACGCUUCGAGCGCCGAAAACAUCGCUCGGUUGCUCCAAAACUGGAUGAAAAAGAGCCCUAAAACGGCGGGAUCGUGCGACAGCAGCGAUCAGAACGCCUCGGUCGGGCUCAGCUCGAGCCCGAGCGAGGGGGCGACCUUCGCCGGCGGCGGCUUCAAUUGCUCGAAUUCGGACAUCUCGGUGGAGGAUGCAUCGGCAGAGAAUCCUAGCUCUGUGGAGACGGAAAUGCCCUUCGGCUUGCUAGAGAAGUGGCUGUUUGAUGACGCGGCAGUGCAGGGGCAGGAUGGUAACUUCAUGGAGAUAGCCUUGAGUGAAACUGCUGAUUUGUUUUGAGGAAAAAUUAUAGAUAUGUGCACUAAGCCUUAGCUUCUUCAAAACAACUCACCAGUUUUUCAUUACUAACUAAGAUAUUAUUAUGAUAUCUACUUUGAGGGGGAUUUUAAUUUGUAGUGCCAGUUUCAAGCUCUUUGUGAUAGUAUGUCAAGGAAAAAGAGCUAAAAAGUGUAAAUUAUUUAGUCCUGUAGUUUCAUAGUCAUCUGGGAAUAAGCUCCCCUCCUCUCCUCCUCACUUUCAUUGUGGAGCAAAAAGUGUUUGUACGUUGUGCAUCAUCUGGUGUACAUUCCUGAUGUAAGAGAAUUAGAGUUUGACUUCUUAUAA